UCCGACCGAUGUGGACGUGCAGUGCUCGAAUCACAGAGACUUACUCUAGCUCGCAAUUGCGUACCGCGUCCGAGGCGCUGUUCCCAGCCGAAUCAAACGCGAACGGUCCGCUGGCACGUGCUUUUUUCAUGCCGAGCUCAAGGUGUUUCUAUAAGUGCGUGUGUGUUCCCCUUUUCGUUGAAAGGUAAAAUAUUGAAGUAAAGCCCCAAAAUAUAUUUUUAUAGUGCACAAGCCCUAUCCCGCUUCCCUUUUAUAUAGUCAAAAAUAAUGAAAAUAUAAGAACGCAGAAUUAAAAAAUUAAAACCAUUUUGUAUAGAGCAUUACUUUACCACACACAAACAAAAUGCUUUCAAAAAGUUGCAGAUUAUUCCCUGGUGGUUGGCCCCUGCGCUAUGUCCAUACUUCGGCGACGUCCUUUGAGCCGCUUAAUUUUAAUUUGGACGCAGGUUCUGACAGCAACCAAUCGCUGUGGUGGCACUCUCUCCCAAAUAAUGCAUUGCACGGCUCUUCCGCCACCAUUUUUUAGGCACUCCUGCAGAUUUUGGUCGCCGUUCGUCAAGGACGGUGGGAAAACCAGAUAAAAGUUGGCACGGAUCGCACUAUUAAUCAAACUUGGAGUGAUCUGUUGGUGCUUGUGCUCAGUCGCAGCGCAGGCCAAAUUAGAUAAUUGAAUAAGACGGAACGGCAAAGACACCCGAACUCCCGCAACAACAAUGUAUUUUCCAUGGUAUUCUCCUAAGAGAGGAAUCAGUUUUUUCUACAAACUUUCUGUAGCACGAUGUAUUAUUCAAAGUUUAGUGCCUUCAUUCCAUUUCUCAGUGCCGACUUUAAUAGAAAUGAGUGCAUGUCCCAGUCCUACAGUGGGUACAAUUUGAACAAUUGCGGCUGCUCCCAUCCCCGGAGGAGACUGUCAUUUGCCUAAUGCAAGCUGAAAGCUAGGGAGCAAAUGACGAAUGCCAUAAUAAUUGCAAGCGAAGACAUCCCUUGUUAUUUGGGCCCCUCCCCGUAGGUUUCUGCUUGUUCUCUCAGUCUAAUGCUCGCUUCAAGGGAAUUUGGUAAUCGUGACCGAAAAUAUGUCUCCCAUCAGUGAAGAAAAAGUUCAUUUUGGACGAAAAUUGGUUUGCUAAUUAUAACUCGUGUUUCUGGCUUUUCCGUUUGACAGAGCUGGCAGUGAAGGAUCGCAGCAAACGCACAUAAGAGAUUAGAGAAAAGCAAACAAUUCUAGAAGUCCUGUUUAGUUUAAAGAGGCAUCGGUUAAAAGCACAGAAAGUCAGCUUGCUUGUCACCAAAAUUUCAUUUGAAACUCCAGGCGUUUUGCGGAUUAGCAAGGGGAGUGUGCCUAUGGGUCUAUCUGACUUUUCAAGACCUUUUGAGAAACGGUUAGCCCAUAUAAGUUGGGCAUCGCAAUAGUUACGAAAAUCAUCUGCACAAAAACAAUUCGAGCGUAAUUCGGGUGCAUUCAAGUCGUCAGUGAUUGCAACUCAAACUCAUGUCGGAAAACCAAAAAGUGGUACAUAUUUCUUUUGAUCGGUGAAAAUAAAAUAAAUAUAUACACAAGCCAUUUUGUGCGAAAAAAGCUAAAAAGAGUGGUUGUUGAGCUGAUUGCCAAUGGGUCUAUCUGACUUUUCAAGACCUUUUGAGAAACGGUUAGCCCAUAUAAGUUGGGCAUCGCAAUAGUUAGGAAAAUCAUCUGCACAAAAACAAUUCGAGCGUAAUUCGGGUGCAUUCAAGUCGUCAGUGAUUGCAACUCAAACUCAUGUCGGAAAACCAAAAAGUGGUACAUAUUUCUUUUGAUCAGUGAAAAUAAAAUAAAUAUAUACACAAGCAAUUUUGUGCGAAAAAAGCUAAAAAGAGUGGUUGUUGAGCUGAUUUAACCAGCCCAUGAGUGUUGAGAGUGGAUAUCCCAAGAAAGACAGUAAGAGGGACUUGGACUGUAAUGCGAGUGCCCAACGAAGCUGACGAUUGCUUUCUCUGCUGCGCAGCCAGUGGAUCUACUGACUAUAACUUUCUCGCCUCUGCUAGAGAAUGGAUUACUCGAAGGCCAGGAGCCUGGUGCUGUCUUUGCUGUGCGUUAUCAAUGCUGCAACGGUGGAUGGUGAAAUCAUUUUUCGUAUCGAUCCGUUGGCUUUGUUAUCGGCCACUUUGCGCACAUAUCAGAAAGCGGCUUGUGAUUCGGAUCAGGUGGUUAUUGCCUGCCCUCGUGGUACCAGCAUUUCAAUCGAGUUUGCCCAAUACAACAAGUUCGUAGCGAAAGAUGGCUACAGUAUCGAAGAGCUAUGUCCAGGGUCAGGGAAUGCAGGACCUGUAAUCCGGGGCAGGUCGAAGCAUCUGCUCCGCGGGUCUAUCUUUGGCUCUUCCUCACUGAAACUACCGUCGAGCAGAUAUAUUAAUGGCGGCUAUGGCCUUGCAGUACCAUUGCAAACUGUCGAUGAAUCUAACAGCACCAUUGCAAGGGGCUCCGAAUUGGUCUCCGGCACGACUGGCUCUGUUGACGACGUGCAAAGUUCGGAUUACAACAGUGAAAACCCUUCUGAAAACUGCAUGUGGCCAAAUGCCUUACAGUACUCCUUACUGCAAACUGUGGUCGAGGCCUGCCAGAAAAAGAAGCACUGCAAGUUCCACGGAUCUCCACAGUUCUAUGGACAGGGCGCCAGCGGUGUGGGCGACUCGUCGGGAACGAGCAGCUAUCACAGCAGCACGGCUAGCUCCCAUGCAAUAAGCAGCGACCCAUGCCCCAAGCGCAGGAAAAUUGUCGAAGUCGCCUAUAAAUGCCGCCCAUAUGAGUUCCGCAGUAAGGUGGCUUGCCACAGUGAUGUUGCUCAACUAGAGUGUAAUCCGUACUCCCGGAUAGCCAUAUAUAGUGCCAGCUUUGGAAGAACCGAGUACGAGAGCAUUCAGUGCCCCCAACCACAAGGCGUUCGUGAAGAAACGUGCCUGGCCUCGUUUGCCACAGAGACCGUAAUGCAAAUUUGCCAUGGCCGGCGGAGAUGCAACCUGGCUGCAGACGCGAACACUUUUGGUACCCCUUGCCAACCCAAUUCUCGGAUGUACUUGAAAGUUGUUUAUACAUGCGUUCCAAAGCAAGUUCUAAAGGACAGCAAGGAUUCGGAAAAGGAGCCUGACGAAGCUGAGGAUUUUGAGGGCGGAAUGAAUGACCUUUAUGACGAUGAGCUGAUUUAUAAGGAGUCCGAGGCGAUUCCAAAGCUGUAUAGCAACACAACAACCCCAGGACGCCGCAACGGCACCAGCGGGCUGGGGUCAGGAACCGAUAACCCGACGAGCAAUCAGACCAUGACAAACAACUCUUUGGUCACAGAUGUCGAUAGCAGUGGCGUGAAUCCUGUGAUGACACACAGUGCUGACUUGAGUCUGGAAGAGGACCAAGAGCGUCUUUAUUUGUAUCUGCUUGCGUUGGGCUCACUCGGAGUGCUCUUCUGCAUAGUAAUUAUCGCCACUAGGUUAGUGCUUCAAAAGCGUCGCGAUCUAAAUACUGACACGCACUCAAGCUCUUCGCUCAAAGGAAGAGCAAGAGCAGGAGCAUUAGUUGAGGAGACAAUUAUUUCGAGCGGAUUCAAUGACACGAUUUCCGAAAUAGACGCCGAUAUUGACAUGAAAACUUCGCAGCCUGUGCCCUUCGUGUCUAAGAACGAGAAUUAUUUGACAUACGCGCCAGCAGGCAGUCUGUAUGCAGGCUUAUCCCCUAACCAACAUACCUCAGUUGCUAGCCCGGGAUCCACAGCCGGGAUAAUGGCAAAUCCGCUCUUGGUGGGGACUCGUCAGUCACCCGACCUCAUUGGCAUUACCCCGGGUCCCUUUGUGACCACGAAUAUCGCCAGUACAGGCGAUCAGGGUACGAUGGCGGGCAUUUUGACGUCAGCUAUUGUGAUUGGAGCCAAAGCCCCCAGUAGCAGUGCCAUAAGCACCAUGGUACCCAUAACUUCGCUGGCUCAGUAUACGUCGGCGCCGACAAUCAGAGGCAGGUAUUUAAUUAACGCCGACACCAUGGGCGUGCUUCAUCGGCCAAGUAACACGCCGACCCCGACCUCGCUAGCCGGGAGCUCGCCAGUACAUCCGCCUCAAUCGGUUCCAUUACCCCCGCCGCUGGGUAUGACUGUGACUCCACAGAGCCAUGUGUCCAUGCCUAUUGGGGGAUCAUCGACCUUGCGGCGCGCCAAGCCGCCCAUGUUACAUCCGCAGCUUUCAUACGACGGCACUGCUCCACGCACUCUCUCCACAGGCGUGGCCGUUGGCUCACAGUUCUACUACGGAUGACAAAGCACACUAGACUGCGAGCCCCAUGUGUACACAACAGCUUUGGGUGUGGGAAUAGGCGUGACUCCGUCAAUUUCCAGUACCCAAGGGUCGUUCGAUGCGGCAGAUCGAGUAAGCGCAGUAGACGGAUUGACUACAUCUUAGCCAAUGGCGCCAGCAGAUCCAAACUGAUCUACGUUCCUGGACAAUUGUGUGCUAACUGCAGGGCGCAUUCCCUAGAAAUGUCGUUUGGGAUUUCCCUCACCAGCUAAACCCAUAUCUAAAGUAAAGUAGGCGUCCAUCUGAUGCACUGCCUUUGAAUUGGUCAGAAAAACAUGGAAGCUGUUCUGAACAUGUACGGGAAACCGUGAAAUGUAAUUAGCUAAUGAAUAUAUUUCAUUUUGGGAUAAUUUUCAGAUAAUACUAUAGGAUAAUAGAAAUUGGGAUUAUCUGGGCUACAUAAAUAGGUUCCCUUUUCGCCAGCGUGACCACUACUAAAAUGUAUGUUUAAAAUAUUUGUUCGUAAAAUUGGUUGUAUUAUACAUGACAGUAAAUUGCGAUAUCAAAAUAUACGGGCAAAAAUAAUCGUACACAUAUUGUCGAUCAGUAGGCUAAAUUAGAUAAAUUGCUCCUUAUCAUGUAAUGUUAGUUUUUGGGCUUUAGUAUAUUAGUAGUUUAUAAAUUAGUUUACAUUGGGACUCAACCGCAAGUUUAAAUUCGAAUCAUACCACCCAGUGACUUGCAACUCUCAUGUCGGUGUAUUACGUCCUUUGUUGAAUAUGUGCAAAUUUAAAAUGUAAAAAGUACUUUUUGUUAAUUACUUGUAUAUAUCUUAAAUACGUUGAGCUGUCCGCAGCUCUGAGCAUAUAAACAAAAAACAUUUAUAUUAUGUUGAUCUACUCGUGAUUUUUGGUUACUGUAAAGUGCCUUCCUAAUUAGCCUUUAAGUGUGUUCUUUAUGUGUACUUAAAACCUAGAACCAUCGUCUGAAAUAUAAAAAACCGGUACCCAGAUAAAUACGAACAAUACAUUGUAUAGUAAUAUUUUCAUUGAAACAUUGUAAAUAAAUACUGUAGUAGUCAAAAUAUUCUCAUAAUAGCAAACCCACAAUUACAGGAACAGUUAUCUGCAAAUUAUUGGAAUGUUGAUAGUGGAAUUUCAAAAUUGUAAAAAUAUGUAUAGUUGCAAGGGAAAAGGACAAAUUUUUUAAGGACAUUCAAGAUUCCCAAUAUAACGCUAUUAAUCAAGUGUAUAUACUAUUUAUUUUAGGUCAGACUUAAGAUUUAGGCUAAUUCAUAAAAGACAACUGGUAUUUGUAUAUCAAAAAUGUUAAGGAAAAUGAAAAAUAAACCAACUAAAUCAUGAAAAAUGCAUGCUGGCACAUAAUUAACCAAGUAAAUUCCAUGAUGGAUAUGGCUACGUCUUGCUCGUUAAAUAUGUAAAACUCUUAAAAAGAAAUUAAAGGAAGGAUAUGUAGAAUAAGUUUACAUGGUAGGUAAACUGCAAAAAGCUCUUAGUUGUCUCUUUUCCUUAUUUAUUAUUAAGUAUUGUAAAUUUUAUACGAUUUAUUUUAAUGAAAUAAAUAA